UCUACUCCACUGGCAGGCUCGACAAUGAUGGCGGUGGAGGUAUGUUAACGUUGCUGCCAAAAAUCCAAUCUUUUUGCUGUUUAGAAAAAUGGGUUUUCCAUAAUCUUCACUCCUCUAUCUGUCUCUUCUUCAAUGGUUCCUUUUGGAGGUAGUUUGAUUUAUAGAAGAACAAAGAACCCAUUGCAUUGCUUAUGGUUUCAAUCCUUAAAAUUCUUGAGAUAUUGUCAUUGUGAAUGGAAUAAAAAUUUGAACUUGGCCCCAAACGAGAAGAAGCAAAGCAGGGUGGGGCUUUUUUGGGACUUAGAUAAUAAACCACCAAACUCAAUCCCACCUUAUGAAGUUGCCAAUAAGCUUAGAGUAGCAGCAUCUUCCUUUGGGGUUGUUAGGUAUAUGGUGGCUUAUGCAAAUACCCACACUUUUAGCAGUGUCCCCCAAGUUGUCCGUCAGAGGAGGAAAGAGAGGGAACUGUUGAAUCGUUUGGAGAAUAAGGGUGUCAUCAAGCCAAAUGAACCUUAUCUUUGUAGGGUUUGUGGGAGAAAAUUUUAUACUAAUGAGAAGCUUGUUAACCAUUUCAAGCAACUACAUGAGAGUGAGCACGUGAAGAGAAUGAACCAGAUAGGGUCAGCUAAGGGGAGCAGGAGGGUGAAGUUGGUGGCUAAGUAUUCUAUGAAAAUGGAAAAGUAUAAGAAGGCUGCAAGUGCUAUUCUGACUCCUAAAGUGGGGAAUGGUUUGGCAGAUGAGCUUAAACGGGCAGGGUUUUGGGUUCAAACUGUUUUGGAUAAGCCACAAGCUGCUGAUGCUGCAUUACAAAGUCACAUGGUGGAUAUCAUGGAUCAUAGACGGGUUGAGUGUAUUGUACUUGUAUCAGAUGAUUAUGAUUUCGUUGAUGUAAUCAAGGAAGCAAAGCUACGAUGUCUCAAGACAGUUGUCAUUGGGGAUGCUAGUGAUGAUGGAGUCUUGAAGAGGACUGCACAUGCUGCCUUUUCUUGGGAGGAAAUUCUGAUGGGGAAGGCUAAAAAGGAGGCUGUAUCAGUUGUGGAAAACUGGAAAGAUCGUGAUAUUUUGAAAAGGUUAGAGUGGACAUACAACCCAGAAGUGGAUAAAAAGAAAUUCAAUGCGGAUGAUAUGGUUAGUGAAGCAUCUGAAGAUGAUAUUAUAGAAGAUAUCUGUGAUGAAGUUGAUGAUGCCUAUAAAGAUGACAAAGGUUCCUGGUGGGAAUUAGAUACAGACGACGAUGUCACAAAUUGACAGUCAGGCAAAUUAUCUAUCUUAUCUAAACACUGAUUGCAGAGUGCAGACUCAAGUUUGCUAAGUCCAAGAUGACUCGUGCAUGAUGACACAUCCUCAACUUGGUUUGUAUUUUGUUACUGAUAGAAGUUUCGUUUGUUUAUUUAUUGGAAGCAAAAACUUAGACUCUGCAGUGAACCUUAAAUUUUUUAGAUGUGUCCCAAGAA